AAAGGUAAUAAAAGAAAAUCUGAAGAUAAUGGUUCAAAAAAAAAUAAAUCUAUUAAAUUGGAUGAGACUAAUCAGUCUGAUGAAGAAAGUGACGAUGAUGAUGAAACCMUGGAUUUUGAAGAUGAUAGUGAUGAUGAUGAAGGAUUAAAAUUAAGUGAUUUGGCUGAUGAUGAUGAUGAUGAAGAUGAAGAUGACGACGACGACGACGAUGAUGAUGAUGAUGACGAUGACGAUGAUGAAGAAGAAGAAGAUAGUGAUGAUAUUGAAGAUACACCAGUAUUGACUAAAAACACAAAACAACAACAAAAAACUCCAAAUAAACAAUUGAACGGAAAUGAACAAAAGUCUCCUAAAAAAGAACUGAAAACCCCUAAAGGUCAAGUAAAGACACCUAAAGGUCAAGAAAAAACUCCUAAAGGUCAAAAGACUCCAAUGCCUAAAACGCCUGAUGCUAAUCAAUCUUUGUUAAAUGGUUCAACGGAAAGUAGUAAAAAAAAGAAAAACAAGGAACCGAAGACCCCACUCAGUGAAUUAAAGACUAAACCAGAUACUCCAUUGCCCAAAGAUAAGCAAAAUCAACAACAAAAGUUAAAUGGCGGGGUUAUCAUUAAUGAUCUCAAAAUAGGUGAUGGUGCUGUAGCAAAACCAGGGAAAAAUGUUAAAGUUUAUUAUAUUGGUCGUCUGAAAUCCACUGGUAAAGUUUUUGAUUCCAUGCAGAAAGGGCCUGGAUUUACAUUUGGAUUACAACGUGGUGAAGUUAUUAAAGGUUGGGAUAUUGGUAUUGCUGGUAUGAAAGUAGGAGGCAAAAGAAAAGUUAUAUGUCCACCAAAUAUGGCGUAAGUAAUAUUUUCUGUUACUA